CCUUCUGUAGUUAGUUUUCCUGACAGGUUACAAAAUGAAGCGCAACGUUAUUUAUCCACGCCAAGAUUCCCUUGUCUCACCUGUUGUAGAGAAUCCGUUUGUGCACCGCUUGAAUUGGACAGUAUACGACUACAUCAAGGUGGCUUUGAUGUCCAUUACCAUCGCCCCGAUCAGGUUGAUAUUAGUAGGUAUCUGUUUAUUGGCAGCAUGGCCAUUAGCUGCUAUUGCUGUAGGUUUUCGUUCAGAAGCAGACAGAAAUAAACCAUUGGCAGGAUGGAGAAACUUCCUGCGCCCUUUUGUUGUCUUUUUCUGUCGGGCGAUGUUCUUCAUGGGUGGUUUUCACUGGAUCACAGUACGAGGCAAAAGGGUCACAUCAAAAGUUGCCCCAAUUAUAGCAAUGGCUCCCCAUUCAUCAUAUUUCGAUGCCUUGCCAGUUGUAUAUCUUAACCUUGAUACUGUUGUCGCCAAAGCUGAAACUGAUAAUGUGCCUUUAUUUGGAACCUUGAUGCAGUUCACCCAACCCGUAUACGUUAAACGAGAGGACCCUGACUCUCGUGUCAACACCAUUAAAGAAAUUUCACGACGUGCCCAGUCAAAAGGGGAAUGGCCACAGGUUAUUAUUUUCCCCGAGGGUACCUGUACCAACAGAUCGUGCCUUAUUACCUUUAAACCAGGUGCAUUUUAUCCUGGUCAACCAGUUCAGCCUGUCUGUAUUAGAUAUCCAAAUAAAUUUGAUACCAUUACCUGGACAUGGGAAGGUCCUGGAGCCUUUACACUACUGUGGCUGACCUUAUGCCAGUUUCAUAAUUAUAUGGAAAUUGAGUAUUUACCCGUUUAUUAUCCAACACCAGAAGAUAAACAAGAUGCUAAAGUCUUCGCUAAUCAUGUCCGUGACAAAAUGGCAGAAUGUUUGAAAUGUCCAAUAACAGAUCAUACAUAUGAUGAUUGCCGUCUAAUGGUCCGAGCUGCUAAACUCAAUCUUCCCAUGGCAACUGGUCUCGUAGAAUUUCAUAAACUGCACAAAAAAUUAGGAAUAUCAUUUGCACAGAUGCACGAUCAUUUAGAGAAAUUCCGUAAAAUAACAGACAACAAAGCGGGGAGUAUUACGAUAAAGGAAUUUGCAAUGUAUUUACGUUUACCAGUCUCUUCAACAUUACAGGAAAUAUUUGAUACAUAUGAUAGAAAUAGUUCAGGAACCAUAGAUUUUAGAGAGUAUAUCAUAGGAUUAUCUUUAGUAUCUGGUCCAGCAAAUACUGAAGAUACAAUUAAACUUGCAUUCCAGUUAUUUGAUAGUGAAAAUAAUGGUUAUAUCACUGAAGAUGGUCUAACUACUAUACUGCAUAAUGCAUUUGGUAUGAAUAAAGAUGAUGUUCAUGAAUUGUUUGAAGAUGCAGAUAAAGAUAAAGAUGGAAAAAUAUCUUAUGACGAAUUUCAACAGCAAGCGGCUGAUAAACCUGAUUAUGCCAAAAUAUUUGUGGCCUACCAAAACAUGGUGAAUAAAAAUGGACACCCAGAGCCAGCUCAGGAAGAAAACCAAAAGGCAAAAACAGAAUGAAUUUUUUAAAACUUUCUGUUAUGUUUUAAGUUACAUAUGUUUUAUUGUAUAAUGUUAUUUUUAUGACAAAAAUUGUCCUGAUGCAAUUGAUUAUGUAUGUGAUGGCGGAGAUAUGUUAAUCUCUUGAAAAGGAAUUCGCUCAAAUUUUAGUGUAAUAUGGCUGUAUUGCAUAUACGCCGUAUGUCACCAUGACGAUUAGGAUAAACGGAACUCAGAAUCAGUUUGAUGGAAGUAAAUCAAAAUCAGGAUUUGAGUUUUAGACAGGAAAAAAUGGAUCUAAAUGUGAUUUGUUGUGUUAUUUAAAGGUGGAGGGUCGGGGGUAGGCGGAGUUUCUCUCAGGUAGUGUGGUUUUCAGUUCGCUUGUAUAUGACAAGGAGUAGGGUGGGGUCAUCUCUGCCCAACCUCAUGGGUUUUCACUGGGUACUAUAAAAUAUAGAUGACAAGGGCAGCUGUAUAGUUGUUUGGAUAGGACAAAAAAACAAGUUCCCGUGUACACAUUGGCGUGUAUGUUAAAGAUCCCUUCGCAGUUGGAAUUCGAUAUAAGAGUAGGCAAUAGUGUGCCGCUAUCUGGGCAAAAUUUCCCUCAUAGCACACUGUAUGGCAUAUGCCCGUUUUCAUUAUCCAAGUUGGAGCAGAACAGUAGGACAUUAAACCCCAUUUUAUUUCAUUUCUGAAAUCCUCCCUUGUCCCCUGUAAGCAAACAA